AUGGCCUCCUCUCCAAGUGCCCCCGGCGGCAGCGUCGAGGCCGCCACCGCGAAGAUCGACAGGGCCGCUACCAUCGUUACCGAACCCAAGGAACAUCAACCGUACCAGGCGCAGAACCCCAUCUUCGAGGACCACCUGCUUGCCCCCGCUACCGUCAACUCCAUCGAGAUCCAUGGCGCCAACAACACCCGCCGCGGCCUCCUCGACCACCUCUUCAAGCCCAUUGUCGAGGAAAGCACUAGCCCCGAUACCACCCUAGGCGAUGUCCUCGGUCGCAUCAGCAAGGCCACCCAGAAGCUUACCCGUUUCGGCAUCUUCAAGGAGGAUGGCUUUGGUGUCUUCAUCUCGGAUGCCCGCCAGAAGCAGCAAGAGCAGUUCCAAUCCCCCACCGACCGCACCGAGCUCGACGUCUCCAUCCGCGUAAAGGAACAAUCCCGCCUCGUCUUCAGCGCCGGCACCGACUUUGGCAACGCUGAGGGAUCCGCUUACACCAAUGCCGUCCUGCGCAACAUUUUUGGCGGAGCCGAGACCCUCUCCGUCAACGCUGCCACCGGUACCCGUACCAGGUCGGCCUACAACGCCGUCUUCUCUACCCCGGUGAACGGCAACCCCGAUAUCCGUCUCGCCCUCGAGGGUCUGCGCUCCUCUACUCAGAAGCCUUGGGCCUCGCAUGACGAGCAUCUUACCGGCGGUAACCUCCGUCUCGCCUGGUCGACCGACAACGGUGAUAACCACGCGCUCGGCUACUCUGGUGUCUGGCGCCAGCUGACCGGCCUUACCGCCUCCGCCUCGCCCACCGUCCGCGCCGAUGCCGGUGACUCUCUCAAGAGCUCCAUCACCCACACAUUUACCCGUGACCGCCGCGACAACCCCACGCUCCCCCAGGCCGGUUACCUUUUGCGCACCGUCUCCGAGCUCGCUGGUUGGGGUCCGCUCCAGGGCGACGUUUCCUUCGCCAAGUCCGAGGUCGAACUGUCUGCCGCCCAGCCCCUCCCCCUUCCCGGCGUCUCCGUCGGCGCCGGCUUCCGCGCCGGUCUUCUCUACCCUCUGCCCACUGGCUACUCCCUCUCCAGCGCUUCCGUCGCCCCUAGCCGCAUCAACGAUCGCUUCCAGCUCGGCGGUCCUACCGAUGUCCGUGGUUUUGCCAUGGGCGGCCUCGGUCCUCAUGAUGGUGUCGACUCCGUUGGCGGUGACGUCUUCGCAGCUGGAUCUGUCAAUAUGCUUCUUCCCCUCCCCAAGGCCGGUCCAACCUCCCCCUUGAGGCUGCAGCUCUUCGCCAACGGCGGCCGUUUGGUUGCACUCCAGGGCAAGAAGGCGGCUGAGGGUUCGCCGUCGCUGGAUUCCGGCGCUGUUGCGAGCGGCAUGAAGAGUGCGGUGGCUGAGUUGGCGAAUGGCCUGCCCAGCGUUGCCGCUGGCUUCGGUCUGGUGUAUGCGCACCCCGUGGCGAGGUUUGAGUUGAACUUCAGCUUGCCAUUGGUGGUAAGGAGAGGCGAGGAGGCGAGGAAGGGGCUGCAGGUCGGAGUUGGUAUUAAUUUCUUGUAA